AUGCCCCACUCUCUGUUUGUUGUAUUGCUCAUCUUGCUGCUGGGCUGCACCAGUGGGUAUGCACAAAGCGCAGUUCAGCAAGAAGAGAUAACUUUACUUCGUACAUUUAAUGGUUCUCAUUUUUGGGAGUUUGGGAAUGGGGAAUUGGUGGCAAUUGACGCUGCUGUUUGGUUUCCGCCGAAUGCAACCCAACAUGAAUACAUCGAAUUAUUAACACCAGCAAGCAGUGAGGGUGAAAAUGCGUGGUGGAACGCCCAUAGAAAAUGGUUCCGCUUUUAUCCAUCUGGAUACAAUCCUUUUUUCAUGGGCUAUGGCUCUGGUAAACCUUUUCAUGCUGUUUUUGCUCUUGUGGAAAGCAACAACCCUCCAAGACGAGAGGAUUCCACUCUUCGCAUUGUGUGGAUGACCACUCUUAAUGGUGGAUUCGAAAAGUAUUCGUUGAUUUACACUCCGUUGAUUCUAAAACUUCCUUAUAUACAUAGGAGAGCAGGGGUUGUACGAUUUCCUGCUGACACUAUCUCACCAAUUUUAACAACAAAGAACAAUAUACUUCUGUUUCCUGUGCAAUUUGUUGCGACGGAGAACAAAGUCUUUUCGACAGUUAUGUAUUACACGCCCCAUGAUAAACAGUGGAAUUUUGGUGGUUUGACUGACAAAGGUACUUAUAGUCCUGCUAUUCUUGAGUGGAAAGAUGAUAAGUUAAUGAUGAUUACGCAGCAUACCAGUGGUUAUUACGGAGUGUACGAGUCCACCGAUUUGGGAAAGAAUUGGAAAGAGUCUACCGGUACACUCUCCCGUGUGUGGACCAACUCCCCUAUAAAUACUGAGCGUGUAAGUCAAAACAACUUUAUUACUGCUACUAUUGAUGGGAAGCGUGUCAUUCUUUUUGUACAGUCUGUGGUAUCUGGAGAAGAUAAGGAACUUCAUCUGUGGGUCACUGAUAACACACGUAUUCAUCACGUUGGCUUGAUAGUUAAGGAUAAAAAAGUGAAGAGCAGCACCCUAUUGUUCAAGGAUGACAAACUGUACUUUCGGUAUGAGACUGGUGAAAGGAAAGGUUAUGGAUUUCUUUAUAUGGAUACGACAACCAUGUUGGAGAAGAUAAAGAGUGCGUUAACUGCCUGGACCAAACAGGACACUCUCGUGUCAAAAGCCACCAAUCAGACUCUUGUUUCAUGUUAUUUGUCUUAUCUAAAAUGUAAAGAACCCAUUCCCAUCACUACUGGACUGGUGGGCUAUUUGUCUGGAAACAUCGAUGGUGAUAAAUGGAAGGAUGAAUACCUCGGCGUGAAUGCCUUUGUAAGUGGUAUAACAGAGAGGGUUACUGAUGGCUUGAAGUUCAUGGGUGUUGGUGCAGGAGCAAUGUGGCCUGUGAGUAUAAAUGGACCAGCGAGGCAGUAUCACUUUACAAACUAUGCAUUUACUCUUGUGGCGACGGUGGCUAUCCACGAGGUACCAAAGAAGGGCAGCAGUCCUUUGUUGGGUGUAAAACUGAAGGACAGAAAUGGGCAAGAAAUUCUUCUGGGAGUGUCGUACACAAAUGAGAGUAAGUGGAGCACCAUAAACAGGGGAACCACAAGUAAGUCAACAGGUACAUGGGAGUUGAACAAUGGAUAUUCUGUGAUAUUGACAUUUGAAAAUCGUGAAAGCUCUGUGUAUAUUAACGGCACUCGGCUAGGUGUGGGAGCUGACUUGGGAAUCGCAGAAGAAGGGGAAGAAAUAUCCCAUUUUUACUUUGGUGCGUACAGUGAUAAAGUGCCAAGAACCAUCCACAUCCUCCAGGCCAAGCCUGAAGAAACUGUUCAUAUAUCAGUGAAAGACGUUAUGCUGUACAAUCGCGUGCUGAGUAGAGAAGAAAUUGAUGUGCUGCACAAGAGCAAGAUGAGCACUUUGUAUGGAGCUAGAGAUGCAGAAGAGAUUCUGAAGAAGAUAAUGAGCAGACCAAACGUUGUUAAUUCCCCACCACUGGAAGCAACAAAAAUACAACAAAAUGCAACUUCACAAGACAAUGCAACUCCGACCCAAACGGAAACUCCCACUGCUACCCUUCAACCUGAGCCUAGCACUGAGGUUGCGACUCAGUCAGAAAAUAAGACGGCAGUAACUGCUACAGCUCAAACUCAGGAGAAUCAACAUUCUACUCAAUCAACGGAAAAACAAGAGCAGAACAAAGCGCCCGAAGCACUAAAUGAAAGUACUCAUGCGGAACCACCAGAAAAAGAUGAAACUACCGAAGCAACAACUACAGGAACUACCGUGCCGGUUUCCAGUACGAACACGAUGCAGCAAGACCUUUUGCGGAAUACAACUCAAUCAAUGAUCAACAAUAAUGUUAAUGCCCACAAAAAUAAAAGUAUUGAUGGUACUGUUCGUAUCUAUGAAUCUGUAUUGCCAAUGCUUCUGCUGGGAUUGUGGGCUCUUGUAACAGUUUUCCCAUAA